AUGGCGGAGAUGGAGGCGGCCGCCGGCGCAAACCACGUGAACGGCUCCGCGGCCACAAAGUCCACAACCAACCCCUACGAAACAAACCCCGAUCAAAUCUCUAGCGAUGACCCGUUUCUUUCCCAGAGCGCGCAGUAUGGCCGCUACGCACCCCGCGCCGACGAUUUCACCCCUCGCUUCAUGAACUGGUAUCGGUCUGACCCGGCCGUGAACUCGUUCUGGGAGAAGGUUGCACAGCAAUACUGUACCCCAGAACACUCACUCAAUACCUCAGGGCCGAGGGAGGCAUUCGCGGCUGGGAGUAUAAUUAUUUGGGUUGACCGCGAACCGGCCGACGGAGCGGCGGCUGAGAAUUACUCGUCUGCGAACGCGAAUGAACUGUCAGCAGCGCAGAAGGCAGAGGACUCGCUCAGAGAGAUUGGGGUUGCAGUGCCCGUGUUAUAUUUUUGCGGGGUGAUUGAGGGGAGGAAUGUGACAAUCGAGUCCCGCAUUGCGGGUGUCUCGUUGGAAGUUGCGUGGAGGUAUCUUGACGUGGGGCAGAUUGAGAUUUUCAAGAAUCAGUGUCGUCAGAUCCUCGAACUACUCGGAACAAUCGAUUCCCCCAAGACGAACCGUCCUAUAAGCAAGGAGGAGGAACUAUCCUUAACACACAACAACUUCAUCCCGAGCAAUAUCAUUGUUCAGGAUAACCGGGUGGUGGGGAUUACUGGCUGGCGGCAAUGCGGAUAUUUUGGCACUGUCAGAGCUAAGAAGGUCCACCGACUCUUCAGGGAUCUUGGACCAGCGUCUCAAAAUGGGGUGGCAAGUUCCGAGAAGAGUGUGACGUGGACCGACCUCUACGAUGGUGUCUACGACCCCAGUAAGGGUAUUCCACUGGUCGCAAACCAAGAUACACCCUUGCCGUCAGUCAAAACUGAACCAACAAGCUCUACCCUCGACAAAUUCCCAGCUAGUGAUGACUUGGACACAAAUUCACUAGGCCUCGAUGGCGCGGUUGACUACGCUACGUCCAAAACAGUGGCGAAUCUGAAGCACGGGCUGACAUCAAGAGCUUCAUCGUCCGACCGGUCCUCCCCAGCAAAUUCCGUCAAACCAGCAAACAAAAAGCCCACAACAAACACUAGCAAGAAGGGAACUGCAAAGAAACCUGCCACUAAGAAGCGUAAGGGGAAUGACCCGGACGCAGACAGCCUUGAUGGGCGGCGUUCCAACACACCAGUUUCCCGCUCGAGCAAGACACCCGCCAAGAAGCAAAAUUCCGUCUCGAUAGCCGGGUCGCCGCCUCCCGAGGAGAAGAAAAAACCACAGAAGAAAAAGAAGAAAGGGCCCAAACCAGCUGCUGCUCAGGAAGAUGACGACUCCGAUAGCUUUGAUGAAAACGCGAUCUUCUGUAUCUGCCGCCGACCUGAUAACCACACGUGGAUGAUCGGGUGUGACGGUGACUGUGAUGACUGGUACCAUGGGAAAUGCGUCAAUAUCGAUCCUCGAGAUGCGGACCUGAUCGAGCGGUAUAUCUGCCCGAAAUGUGCAAGUGAAGGAAAGGGAUGCACGACAUGGAAACCGAUGUGUCGCUUAGUCGAGUGCCGGAAACCCGCGCGAGCCAAGACGAAGCCCCAAAGCAAAUACUGCUGCGAUGACCACGGCCGGGAAUUCAUGCGCCAACAGACUCAGCAGCUUAAACAACGUGCCGGUCAGGCGAACGGCCUCUUUGAAGACCUGGGUACCAUGGGUGGCAUUCUUACAGCUGGGGACCUGAAAGCUGCCAUCAUGGGGGUAGCAUCUACACAAGAAUUCCGAAAGCUCGGCGAUCGCAUCAUCUCCCCGCCACCACGGGUAGACCAGAAAGAAAUCGAUGCACCUGGGAUUAAGGCCGAAUCAAAGCCGCAGAGCGGCAGGUGGUUGGGAGUUGACGUCCACGAAAACGGCCUGGAAUACUCGCCCGAUGAGAUUGCGAAGAUCGAAAAGCUGCGCGCGCAGCGCGAUGAGCUGCUUCAUCGCAAAGAAAUGCUUGCGGCACGCACGACGUUCGUCUCGCUUCUCAAGCCACGUGCCAAGGGCAUAGUUGAGAAACUGAAGCAACACGAGCCGAAGGGCGGAUGGAAAGAUAUCUGUGGCUUCGACUCGCGGCUCUCGUGGUCCGACGAAGAAUUCGAUGAAUGGCGACUCUCCGACGUUGGAAAGAAAGCCCUCGCAGAGGGAACGGCUGAAGCUUUAGCUGUGAGUUCCUCGGCUGGUACCGACGCAGACGGGGACACAGCGAUGAAUGGCGACGGCGAAGACGAUAUCACAUUCUGGACGCGUGGCGUUUGCACUAAGAAGCGGUGUGAGAGACACAAGCAGUGGGUCAAAGUGCAGCAGCAGGAUAUUCUCUUCGAGGAGGAAACGGCAGAGCAGGACCUCGCCAAGUGUGAGGAGGAAGCUCGGUCUGUGGUGGAGCGGGGUGUGAUGAGACGAUGGGCCGAGAAGGAUACUCAGGCUUGA